AUGCAAAGAGGAAUUAAACUAGCUGAUCGCUUAUAUUAGCAUCAACUUUUCAUCUAUUCAUCGUGUAGUUGAAGUAAAAGGCAAAUCGGAAGAUGAGUAAAAUCCAACGAACGAAAAUGAAAAAUAACAGGAAAGGUGUGUGAGAGCGAAUGAAGAGAAAAAUUCUAUUCAGAGGCUGAAAUUAGAUGCCGCAUGGAUUGAGAAAGAGACAACUACGUCAAAGUAACGAGAGUAUGAAUGUAGGGAUUCUCUUUUGUGCUAUAACAAGGAAGCAUUGCAUGCAAUGACGUGUUAAUAGAAAAACAAGAAUGAGUGAAUAAGGAACAUGUAUAGAUCCAGACCAUAUAAUGGGGGCAUUCUGGUAACAUGUAUAGAUUUACACUCCCGUAAAUAUUUUUGUUUUUCAUUAAAAAGUUUAUGGAAAUCACUUCUUGAAGAUGGCAAAGCAAAUAGCAUUGUGGUUCUGAAAGAGCCGUCUUAUAUUCUUGAAAUGUUUUUGCAUAGUGAAAUUCGCUCAAUUUGCAUUCAUUUAAACACUCAACACUUCAAACAUUUCAAACAUCAUCAUUGCUUUCUGGUGCCUCUAGGCUGUGCACAAUUGCCCAAUCUAUAAAUUAGAACUUUAGAUGUAUUGGUUUCAAACAGAUUUCUAGUUUCCUUAAGCAUCAGAACACCGAUACAAAAAGAUGUCAUCAAUCAAGUCAGUACAUCAAGCUGGUACUCCAGGCUUACAUACAACUGUAUAUACCCAGGCCAAGUGAAGUUCUAUGACGUCAUUGCUAUGUUUUUAAAGUUCAUAUGUACUGUGCCUCAAGACAUCAUAAAACGUCAGAUCAAAUGCAUUGGUUUGCAUCGGCGUAACUUAAAAUGCUCAUACGGUUUGAAGUCAGCUAAGUUUGGAACAGCGAAAGCAAGAUGCAGCGGGCCAAGUCACGAGUAUUUGUCCGUCCCAUUGGCCAUAUAAAACGCAACCUCGUUCAAACAAGCGCUGCUAUCAGCCACUCCGACGAACCAAGCUUUUUUCAAAAGAUUCAAAGCGAUGAGCAAAGUCAUUACCGGGCAGAAUUCAAGCUUAAAUCAAAUAAUAGUGCCGGUGUGCGUCGACCAGCGUCGCCUAACCGCCGUAAUAAACCGCAUCCGGUACAAGUUUACCACUUGCGUAGACUGCGGAGCGGAUUGGUAUGUGAUGUACGGUCAAAAAUACCGAAAGAAGCAAUGGAAAGGAACGUGAUUGGCAUUUCGCCCUUGGGGUCAAGCACAGAGGCAAGAAGCUGGACUAAAUCCGUAUACAAACCUUAUGACAUAAGAAGUACAUUUCAAGGCGCCAAACUGCACGAUAACACCCGCAAGUUUCCUGCGAUUGGUAUUAUUCCGACAUGUUUCUCGCAAAAGAAACAAGAACGCGCGGAAAACUUUGACGAAGGAGAAAGAGAUGACCAUUGGUUGCCAGGAAGCUUGAAAUUGACAACACCGAUCGCUCUCCGCAGCAUGUAUGACUACUUUCCAAGAAAGAGAAAACUCAUAGUGAAACGCGAAGAUGCGGCCGGAAUCAAAAGUCCGGUCGAUUUUGAGCAUCGGUAUCACGAACUGCCUCGAAGAAGAGGGCGCAAACCGGCAUUGAUCACGAUACGAGCCGGGAUUUAA